GAUAAUUGAAUCUGACUCCAAAUCGCUAAACUCUCUAGCUUCAACACACUCCAGUCAGGUGUCUUUAAACUCAGGAAAUAGUCCAGCCGUGGACGAUGACCAAGAAGAUGUAUGGUUGACCUGGGGUCAGAUAAUUAACGAUUGGGAGUUUUAUAUCAAAAAGAAAAACUCUUAUGUCAAGGAUUUGGUGAGAAAAGGUGUUCCGCAUCACUUCCGUGGAAUUGUGUGGCAGUUGCUAUGCAACGCUCAGUCUUGUCCUGCUAAAGAUAAUUAUGCUGAAUAUAUCAAAAGUACCUCGCCGUGUGAGAAAGUCAUUAGGCGUGAUAUUGCCAGGACUUACCCCGAACAUGAGUUUUUCCGAGAAAAAGAUGGACCGGGUCAAGAAAGACUGUUUAAUGUGAUGAAAGCAUAUUCCCUCUAUGACAACGAAGUAGGCUAUUGUCAAGGAAGUGCUUUUAUUGUUGGACUAUUACUCUUGCAG